AUGACACACCAGCGAGUUCACGCUGGGGAGAGACCGUUCACCUGCUCCGUGUGUGGGAAGAGAUUCGUUCGGUCCGCUGAUCUGCUGACACACGAGCGAGUUCACACCGGCGAGCGGCCGUUCACCUGCUCCGUGUGUGGGAAGAGAUUCAUUCGGUCAUUUGACCUGCUGACACACGGGCGAGUUCACACUGGGGAGAGACCAUUCACCUGCUCACACUGUGGGAAGGGAUUCACUCAGUCAUCCCACCUAAAGACACACCAGUCGGUUCACACCGGAGAGAGACCGUUCACCUGCUCGGACUGUGGGAAGGGAUUCACUCGGUCAUCGAACCUACUGGCACACCAGCGGGUUCACUCUGGCGAGAAGCCGUUCUCCUGCUCGGACUGUGGGAAGGGAUUCACUCUUUCCUCUCAGCUGAAGUUACACCAGCGAGCCCACACGGGAGAGAAACCUUUCACCUGCUCCGUGUGCGGGAAGGGAUUCACUCACUCAUGCCGUCUUGUGACUCACCAGCGAGUUCACACUGGGGAGAGGCCGUUCACCUGCUCCGUGUGCGGGAAGAUGUUCACUCAGUCAUCCAACCUGCAGACACACCAGCAAGUUCACACUGGGGAGAGGCCGUUCACCUGCCCUGAAUGUGGCCAGCGAUUCGCUCGGUCGUCCUACCUGGUCAAACACCAGCGACUUCAUUCUGGGGAGAGUCUGUUCGGGUGCUCGGUCUGUGGGAAGGCAUUUCCUGAAUCAUCUCACCUGCAGGUACACCAGCGAGUUCACACGGGGGAGAGACCGUUCACCUGUUCUGUGUGCGGGAAGGGAUUCACUCACUCCUCCCACGUGACGAGACACCAGCGAGUUCACUCGAGGGAGAAGCUGUUCACCUGCUCGGACUGCGGGAAGGCUUUUACUCAGUCGUCUCACCUGCAGACGCACCGGCGAGUUCACAGUGGGGAGAGACUGUUUAUCUGCUCCGUGUGUGGGAAGGAAUUCCUUCGGUCGUCUGACCUGCUGACCCACCAGCGAAUCCACACCGGGGAGAGGCCGUUCACCUGUUCGGACUGUGGGAAGGCAUAUAUUCGUUUUUCCGAACUGCAGAGACACCAGCGAGUUCACACUGGGGAGAGACCGUACAUUUGCUCUGAAUGUGGGAAGGGAUUCACCCGGUCAUCCUACCUGCAGACACACAACUUAGUUCACACCGGGGAGAGACCGUUCAUCUGCUCUGAAUGUGGGAAGGGAUUCACUCAGUCAGCCCACCUACAGAGACAUCAGCGAGUUCACACUGGAGAGAGGCCGUUCACCUGCUCUGAAUGUGGGAAGGCAUUCACUCACCCAUCUCACCUACAGGCACACCAGCGAGUUCACACUGGGGAGAGACCAUUUAUCUGUUCUGUCUGUGGGAAGAGAUUCACUCGCUCAUCAGAUCUGCUCACACACGUGCGAUUUCACACAGGUGAGAGGCCGUAUAUCUGCUCUGAGUGUGGGAAGGGAUUCACUCGGUCAUCUGAUCUGCUGACACACCAGAGAGUUCACACUGGGGAGAGGCCGUUCACCUGCUCAGACUGUGGGAAGGGAUUCACUCAGUCAUCUCAACUAAAGAUACAUCAGCGAGUUCACACUGGGGAGAGGCCGUUCACCUGCUCUGAGUGUGGAAAGGGAUUUACCCACCCAUCUCACCUGCAGAGACACCAGCGAGUUCACACUGGGGAGAGACCGUUUAUCUGUUCCGUUUGUGGGAAGAGAUUUACUCGGUCGUCAGAUCUAUUGACACACCAGAGAGUUCACACCGGGGAGAGGCCGUAUAUCUGCACUGAAUGUGGGAAGGGAUUCACUCAGUCAUCCCACCUACAGACACACCAGUCAGUCCACACUGGGGAGAGACCGUUCACCUGCUCAGACUGUGGGAAGGCAUUUACUCAGUCAUCUCAAUUGAAGGUACAUCAGAGAGUUCACACUGGGGAGAGGCCAUUCACCUGCUCAGAGUGUGGGAAACAAUUCACUCGGUCAUCCCACCUACAGACUCACCAGUCAGUUCACACUGGGGAGAGGCCAUUCAUUUGCUCUGAAUGUGGGAAGGCAUUCACUCGGUUGUCCCACCUACAGACACACCGGUCAGUUCACACUGGGGAGAGGCCGUUCACCUGCUCAGACUGUGGGAAGGGAUUCACUCGGUCAUCUGACCUACUGGCACACCAGUUAGUUCACACCUGGGCAAUGCCGUUCACCUGCUCAGACUGUGGGAUGGGAUUUGCCCAGUCAUCUCAUCUGCAGAUACACCAGCAAGUUCAUAGUGGGGAGCGGCCAUUCACCUGCUCAGACUGUGGGAUAGGAUUUGCCCAGUCAUCUCACCUGCAGAUACACCAGCAAGUUCACACUGAGGAGAGGCCGUUCACCUGCACUGAGUUGUCCCACCUUGUGAAACACUGGCAAGUUCAAACUGGAGAAAGUGUUUCAGUGAGCAGGAUGCUGGAUGAUUAACCAUCGUGAUUGCUGAAUUCAGGGGCGAUCAAAGAUGACUGUGUCAGACUAUAAUGAUUGCUGCUUCUCAUCCCACCCAGAUCUGGUCACUGGGCGAGGGAGCAGUUUCUUCAGCGAUUGUUCACCGUUACUGGAGUUUAACAUUGUGAUUCUGAGAAAUAAAUCAGUUCUAUUUUAAA